CUGUAAGAGUGCUCUCAGGUUUGGGAAAGAUGAAUUGCGCUGUGCUUGCUGUGCUGGCUGUGCUGUGCUGCUGCUGCGCUCUGCGCGCGGAUGCCCGACCUGCGCGUUUACGCUCGCGCCCUUUGGACAACUCGGAGACCUGGAACAACGUCAUGGUCAUGGCCAAGCAUGCGCAGGCGCAAGACCGGGACCACGAGACUCGCCUGAUCCCGGUGAUUUCCAGCGACAAGCUAAAAGACGGGGAUGUUUGCUGCGUCAACGUCAAGAUCCUCGAUUACUACCUCAGGCACAUUUUGGACAGUCAGGCGCGUGAACACCAUUAUCCGCGCCUGCAUCUGGUCAAGCCUGAUUUAGUCAGAGUGGCUAGAGACCUGGAACCACACUGUAACUCCAAGCAGGUUGACCUGGAGCACUUGCAGACCUUCACGCAGAACCUGAAAAGAGCCGGAGAGAUGUACAAGAAUAACACCAAAGCACAGAACAAGGCGAUUGGGGAGCUCGAUAUCCUCUUCCAUUACCUGUACGAGUCGUGCAGCGCCACCAGCACAUCCUAAACCUGUGCAAGAGCCUCUGCAAUGGGUUCUCAGAAAAAAGGGUACUAAACUGUACCUUUUCUUGUUGCUGAAGUAGUACACUCAAGGGUGGAUCUGUUGUGCCUUUAGUGUAUAUUUAAUUAUCAUCCAAUUAUGUACCUUAAAACUUUUUUUUAAAGGUACACUAUAUCCACAGGUGAAAGAUACAAAAGGUAAAGGUACAAAAGAUUUAUCCUUAAGGGUACCACUGCGUCGACAAUGAAACAAACAGUACUUUUUUUUCUGAGUGGGCCAUGGACCGAAGGAAAUAUGCUUAUUUUUUUUUUUACCACGAAAAGUGUUUUGAAAUAUUUGAUAUGAAUAUCAUUAUUUAUUAUUAUGUUUUAUUUAUUAGCUUUAUUUAUUUAGCAUUACGAGAUGACUAUAAAUUAUUAAACUUUGUAUUGACAGUAUAGGCUCCACACAAUGUGUGAACUGAGUCAUUACGACUUAAAGCCUCCAGUGCCAGAGCAAGAGAAUGUAAAUGCAUUGUAAAAGCAUUCCUACUAUGUACUUUUUUACUUUUUGCAGUUAUUAAAAUGAAAUUAUUUAAUAAUGCUUUAAAACAGAGUUCUAAAUUGUUGGUAUAUCUGUUUUAUACAUAUUUAUUUGCAUAUUCACAAUAAAAGCUUUAAAAACAAAAAUCUGUUGCCUGCUUUUAUAUGCUACGUGAUAUAAAAGUGAGGGUAAAAACUUUUCAGCAAAUGACAAUGCUGAUCAAACACGCUCUGCUUCAUAAAGUGAAAUUGACUGAAUACUCCAGCAUUUGUGCACCUUAUUUUCUAGAAACAAUAAAUAAAAUGAUGUCAUUAGGCCUAAAUUUUGACUACGCUUAUAUUUAAUCCCUUACACUCCCUGGACCCAGUGGCAGGGCCAUUAUUAAUAUAACUACAUGUUCUCUACUAUCUUCACUGCAGUUACUAAAUAAUAUGCUCUAAGAUGAAUAACUGAAUAAUAAGCUUUGACUUUAGGAGGUUAUCAGGUAUCAGUUGGGUGUUGUCUAGCCAUAAAGUUGACAAAGAUGACAAAUUAUCCACAAAUUACU